AUGGAGUCAGACCAUGAUCUAAACCAGUCCACAAAUUUUGUGGGACUUAUGAAUAGUCAGCAAGGGGGUGGCUAUCCUCAAACCAUUUCUUUUGAUUCCCUCUACCCAAAUAUACCUACUCUUUCGUCCCCAGUUCCUCUCUUUAGUUCCCAAGUCAGUUCCGCAGCUUCCCCAAGUGAAGACACAACUGCAAGUCAUAGGGAAAGAAGGAAAUGGACACCUUCUGAUGACCGGAUUCUCAUUAGCGGGUGGUUAAACACCAGCAAGGAUGCUGUGAAAGGCAAUGAUCAGAAGGGCAAGACCUUCUGGAAUAGGGUUGCUAAGUAUUUUUCAGAUAGUCCACUUUCUGAUGGCAAUGAGAAGAUAGGGCCAAUUCAGUGUAAACAGAGAUGGGCUAAGAUCCAAGAUACGGUCGGGAAGUUUUGUGGAACGUAUGCUGCUGCGGUGAGGGCUAAAACUAGUGGUCAGAAUGAGGAUGAUAUAAUGAAGACAGCGUAUGAUAUGUACUACAACAUUUAUCAGAAAAAAUCCGUUCUUGAGCAUUGUUGGUUAGAGUUACGCUACGACCAGAAAUGGUGUGAGAGUGUUAAUGGUAAAGCACCUGAAGUAACCAACAAGAAAAGACUCUUUGAUGAUCCUGCACAAUCUUCAGCUUCUUAG